AUGACCCGUUACAAGCCAUUGGUGUUGCCGUUGAUGCUGAUCCUCUUACACACCCAGCUCAUUAUUGUCCCUUCUUCAUCAGCAGCUACGUACGCCAACCACACCGGAGCCCUGCCGCCGGCGGUUGUUCCAUGCUUGCCGGACCAGGCAUCGGCGCUGCUCCGGUUGAAACGUUCUUUCUCCAUCACCAAAAACUCCAGUUCCACCUUUGGGUCAUGGAAGGCCGGCACAGACUUUGAAUCUAGCGUGCUCAAAGAGCCAAACUUUGAAACUUUAAUCGCAAAUCAUAAAAAAUUGAGGGAGCUCUACCUCGGCGCUGUGGACUUGUCCGACAACGGGAUGACAUGGUGCGAUGCUCUAUCCUCGUCCACUCCUAACCUUCGGGUUCUUAGCUUACCAAACUGUGGGCUCUCUGGUCCUAUUUGUGGAUCCUUUUCUGCCAUGCACUCGCUUGCUGUUAUUGACCUACGGUUUAAUGAUUUGUCUGGUCCCAUUCCAAACUUCGCCACCUUCUCCUCUUUGCGUGUUCUACAACUGGGACACAAUUUUCUUCAAGGACAGGUAUCUCCAUUAAUCUUCCAACACAAGAAAUUAGUAACAGUUGAUCUUUACAAUAAUCUAGAACUAUCUGAUUCGUUACCAAAUUUCUCAGUUGCUAGUAAUUUGGAAAAUAUAUUUGUCACUGAGACUAGUUUCUACGGUGAAAUACCAAGUUCCAUUGGAAAUCUCAAAUAUUUGAAGAACCUUGGCGUCGGUGCAAGUCAGUUUUCAGGGGAGCUGCCCUCAUCAAUCGGGUGGCUUAAAUCAUUGAAUUCGUUGGAGAUUUCUGGAACAACAAUAGUAGGAACCAUACCAUCAUGGAUCACAAACCUUACCUCUUUAACAAUCCUUCAAUUCUCUAGCAUCCCAGAAAUUGUUGGGGAACUUGUUUUAACUCAUGGGAUAAAUAUGUCACAUAACUUCCUCACUGGGCCAAUUCCAUCUCAACUUGGUGGGCUGAAGCAGCUGGAAGCUUUGGAUCUAUCUUCAAAUCAGCUUUCAGGAGUCAUUCCACAAGAAUUAGCAUCCUUAGACUUCCUCGAAAUGCUAAACCUAUCCUACAACAAGCUUAAGGGAAAAAUACCUGAAUCACUUCAUUUCUUGACAUUCACCAACAGCUCAUUUCUGGGGAAUAAUGAUUUGUGUGGUCCUCCGCUAUCUAAAGGUUGCAUCAACAUGACAAUUCUGAAUGUGAUCCCUUCCAAGAAGAAAUCCGUAGAUAUUGUGUUGUUCCUCUUUUCUGGAUUGGGAUUCGGCCUUGGGUUGGCCAUUGCUGUUGUAGUAUCAUGGGGAAUACCCAUUAGAAAACAGGCUACAGUAAGACAGAGAGCCCUCUGUAUCAUGUAUUGA